AUGGGUUCUAAAAGCGAAAAUCCGCGCAAAGUAUCUAAUGGUCAAACAGAUAUAGUAUCAUUUGAUCUAGAGGAAAACUUUGCUACUUCAACAACUUGCCAUGGCGUUGCCCAUAUCUUUGAAACUAAGGGAUCUCGUCGUAGCAUGUGGUUUGGCAUUACAUUAGUUUCGACUAUUGCUUGUCUUGUCCAAUGCUGUAUCAUUGUCUACGAUGCCUCUUUAUAUCCAACACGCGUUAAUAUCAAAGUCAAAUACAAUACCCAGUCUUUAUUUCCAUCAGUUACCCUUUGCAAUACCAAUUUAAUAGCUAGCAUAGACAAUACAAGAGAAGAGUUAAAAUAUGCAAUGUUGCUCUAUCGGCAUUACUAUGCCAAAAAUCAAAUAACGCACCAAGAGUUGCAGAGCGCCGAAAAUUAUUUCAAUCGCGUUUAUGGCAAAAAUUUCAGUCUUGAAGAGUAUGUUGCAAGAUAUCGAUUUAAAGCAGAAGAUAUGAUUGUGUCUUGUCAGUGGGGAGAAGAACCUUGUGGAUCGGCUAAUUUUAGUCAAGUAAUUACUGAUUAUGGCACUUGUUAUACCUUUAAUUCAGGUCAGAAAGGAUAUCCUUUGCUAUAUCAGACAAUAAGUGGAUCUUCCCAUGGCUUGCGAUUAGCGAUUAAUGUACAGCAAUAUGUUUAUCCCACAUUACCUUUAUCAUUUCUAACACCUGAUGCUGGAAUUCGCCUUUCUGUGCACCAUUACAAUGAAAUAGCAAAUAUGGGUUCUCGUGGCGUCUUUGUGCCUCCUGGAAUGCAUGGUUAUAUUGCCAUUACCGACACACAUGUACUAUCUAAUUUAGGUCCUCCAUGGGGUGAAUGUGGCCAGAAAAAUCUUCAAUACUUUCGCUAUUAUUCACGCAGUGCUUGCAGACGAGAAUUUGAAGCCAAUCUAGCUGCUCAGCAAUGCAACUGUAGCUAUCAGCAAGCAACAGUUAAUACAGAAAACAAAAAAACUUUGAACUCAUUUUGUCCGUAUCCAUGCCAGCAAACUGAAUAUCCAAUCAUCUUAUCUUACGCCGGUAUUGCCACCAAUGCCAUAAUUGAUUCGAGUAGUCAUAAUGGCAAGUUGGCCAAUUUAUUAGAUUCGGUAAAGAACGAUCCCUCAAAAUACCCAAAUUAUACCUCAGAAGCCUUUAUUCGAGAAAAUUUAAUUUAUUUGGAUGUCUACUUUCGAGAGCUUAUAACAUCAACAACGACGGAGUCUAAAGCAACAGGAUACGCCCAAGUUUUAAGUGAUGUAGGAGGUCAAUUAGGAUUAUUUAUUGGCGCUAGUAUCAUCACUCUAUGCGAAAUUAUUACUUAUUUAUGUGAUCGAUGCGAGAGAAAAAAGCGAGAGAAACGAGAGAUGCGUAUCCACCGGCAAUCUCAGAUGAUAAGGGAUAUCAUGCAAGUAGGAGUAGAGAAAAAAGAUCUUCAAACAGAGACUAAACCCAAUAAAAAUAAUGAUUUUGUAUUUAAUACUAGCGAAGAUGGUCAAGAAACAUCUUCAACCAAUCCCAACGUUUAG